AUGUCGACGGACAUGACAUUCGAGUUCUCGCAGUUGCCUUUCGAUAUCUUCCACAAUGUUGCAAGUCGGCUCGACCACUUUUCGUUGGAUAGACUGGCGAAAACGGCCAAGUCUUCACGCCGGCUUCUUCAGACUGAGAAUACUGUAAAGGUUGUGAUGCAGGUGUAUCUGCGAUAUUGUCUCUGGGUACAGCUUGCCCUAUCGCCGCUUCAACCAGGUCCCGGUCCCAGGCAAACCCUCGCCCGCAUUGUCGACUCGCAGUCGGCGUUGCAACAGGCGUCACCGUACUCAGUCUGCAUUCUGGCAUACAGUCGCAGUUUCAUCUACAGCAUGGGGGUUUUAUGCUACACGACUUCGGACUUCACUCUUCGCAUUCUAAAUUUCAAUCAUCGCCGAGACACCGAGCAGGUCUUCGGUCGUGAGUUCUUCACUGGUCAAGUCUGCAUCGCGAAUCGGGACCAGGCCACCAUAGAGCUCGAAUCUCUGAAAUUGAUGCAGGUCGAGAGUUACGCCGACGGAAUAGUGGUUCUACAGUGUUCUGUUAAUGCCAAUUCUGCCCGAUAUAUCCUCGCGGUGGAUAUAAAGAAAACCUCGAAUCCCCCUCGGCCCCGAAUCCGAUUAUGUGUAUCGACCCUGGGGCCAGGUACCAACAAACUUUUCGUUCGGAAUAAUGAACGAUUCAUAGUUUUGGGGACUAACUGGGGUGGUGAACAAACAUGGUUACUAGAUGUCUAUGAUUUCGAGACGUCCCAGCGGGUAAAUGGUGAGCCACUAAGGCUGCCAGGUUGGGGCUCACGUAUAGGAUCGACAGUGGCUUUUACCAUCUACAAAGACCAAUUCUAUGCCGUCACGAACUGGGUAAACGCCCCGUUCACGAGCUACUAUGGCAUCACUAUGUUUUCAAAACGCCUAGGCGACCCAGAUGCGGAACUCACAAAGAACCUCAUCUGGCGAAGACAAAACAUCGACGGACCACACGACGACACGUGGGCUGAUCUCAGCUUCCAGAUAGACUACUCCACCGGCGAACUCUUGGUGGUCGAGGGAAGAAAAGAAUGGGGGCCCGAGGGCGGUCCACUGAUCAGGGCUUAUCAGACAACACCCAUACGCCGCGCAAAUUUUGUGCUGGCCGACGAGAUCGACAACAGUCGGCGGCUCUCAGCAGGCAGAUACAUUCAUGCCCAGUUUCGUGACGACGGCGGCGAGAAGGAAGCGACGGCGGUGAAGGAGUAUGACCGACAUAAGACAAAAUGGAUCGGGUACUCUUUCAACGCGCAAACUUUCGUCGAGCUCAUUACGGAUGACCCCAACGUGAAAGGCGAAUGGCUCCCUCGAGAACGCACCAAGCUACGCGUGACAAGUAGACAGGAGUUGAGUCCUCUGGUCAAAGAUGCGGUGAAUCCGGAAGAUUGGGUGCUUCGCAAGCCCAAACGGGAUCCGGAAGGCCGGGAGAUGGAGGAUGGCGAGCGAGCCUUCACGGCGAAUACCAUCUCUCUCUGGCCCCCGGAAGAUGCACCUAAGGAUCUCCAGGACAUGCUCCACUGCAAAUGUUUCCGUCGUCAAGACGCUAAGGCAGCGGUGGGGGAUGAGGGAAUUUUCUUCAGGGCGGGCGGGCCGGGCUCUGUAAAACGGUCUCUGGUUUUGAUCUGCUGCGAUCCGACCUUUGGCUUUCAGGGGAUGCGACGGCUCGAUGGGAGCCUUGCCAGACCGAAAUGGGACAUGAAGACAGAGGACGACUGCGAGUUCGACGUCGAACAUCCUCACAACAGAGGCGUGACACUCGAGCCUGCGAUGCCGUUCCUGACAGUACCGCUAGGGUAUACCGAUUGUCGAUUUUCAAGAUAUACUCGUGAAGAAUAUGUGACUUACCAUCAUUCCUCAAGAAUUGAAGACUGGCACUCAGCAGUGUCCUCACAGGCACAUGACCGCACGUUCCAGUACACCGCAUCACAGGGUCACGACGACUAUGUCGAUGAAAUUGAAGAUAUGGGGCGUACUUAUAUUUCCCGGGAGCCAAACCCGUCAAAGUCAAAGCACGGAAACGAGUCUGAUAAAGACCCUCACUUCCACUACAGACAGGAGAAUGUUAGAGAAGGACCACCGAAGUACUUCCGACCACAGCGCUCUUCGACCUCCUCUAGGAUGUCGUCAAAGUCCAAGUUCGAGGCCUCAAAGCCUACCCGACAAGCAACAGAGGCAGAUGCCUACCAUGCUCGUAUCCCAGCGGGCUUUACAAUCAAACAUUGGGAUCCAACAGAAAAGCCGAUCAUUCUGCUAGGCAGUGUCUUUGACGCGAAUUCCCUUGGCAAGUGGAUAUACGACUGGACUAUCUGGCAUCGCGGCCGUUCGAAUCCCACCACCGACGUGGCUGGAGAGCUGUGGCUGCUUCUUAUCAAACUUGCAGGCAAGAUGAAAAGUGCAGAGGGGCGUGUUGGCCGCAUGACAAAUGCUGAACGGCGAGAAAUCGUUAAAGACCUCAUCGACAGUGGCGGCUCGCUGUGGGACCAGCUCAAAGACCUCCUCAAAAAGUGUGAAUUUUACAUGUUGAAGGCCACCAAGAGAGAUGGCACAAAGACAAUGGGUAGAAAAGCCGGCACCGAAUUUGUCGACUCGAUGUUCGGACCCGAUCGCUACCUGGAGUUGACAGAGAAGAUUAUGAAGCAGAUCAGACUGUGGAGUGUACGCUUCGAUGACUACUACGAAAAGGUCGGCAUGGUCGACUGCCGAAACAACCAGAGACGCAUGUCCAAACCGGAACAUCCACCCUGGCCAGGCCCAAGUCCUACAACUAGUUCAAAGCAUGGCAAUGAACUACGAGUCGGAAAGAAAGACCACCUAGAGGCGUACGAGAACAAGAACAAGACUGAGGCAUUACUGGAGAUAUACCAAAAGAACAUAGAGCGCAUUGUGGCAUUAGAGACCCAGAAUCAUGAUCAAGAACAGCGCGAAUUAACAAGUCAAGAUGAGACGAAGCUGGGCCUAGGUGGUCGCAGGAGAAGCGCGUCCGCGGCGAAUAGCUCCUCGGCCACCACACCGGGCUUCACGACCGUUGCUCCCAAAAGGCUCCGUCAAUCCCAGUAG